GAUUUUUUUCAUUUGGAUAGGAAGGCUUGUUGACGUCAAACCCUGUCGGAACUUUUCCAGCCAAUCGGGAAACAGAAAAUGGUCUCGUUUUGCGAUGAGGCCAACCUGGGAAUUUCUUCCGCCAUGGGUUCCCCCGGCAUAGGGAUUUCGGCUUCUGUUGAAAAUAAGGUGGCCAAUGUAGCGAACAGCAGCCUGUUCUCAGCCAUGGGGGAGGAGUUAAAUUCUCUGGGGCCACGUCUGAGAGUGCCAUCGAUCAAGAGAUCAACUUGCAGCGAUGUGACAUACAGAUCCACCAUGGUCUCCUUCCCAAUGUCGAAUCUCAUUUUUGUGGCUGUUCUUUCUGGCCUAACUUUGGUGUCCGAGCAGUGUGCGGACACCUGUCCCAAAGGCUGGAAAGGUUUCAACGACUGCUGCUACAAGCAUUUUGACCUUCUGAAAAACUGGCGUGAAGCUGAGUCCCACUGCAAGACCGAAGGUGGACAUCUGGCGUCGGUGCACAGCAGUGUGGAAUAUCAGUUUCUGAGGGAGCUCAACAAGUACUCCGACCCACGGGAGAGUAGGUUCUGGAUUGGGCUGACAGACAUCCAAAAGGAGGGUACAUGGGUUUGGUCAGACGGCUCUGCAUUGGACUUCACCAACUGGAAUCCUGGGCAGCCUGACGACUGGCAGGGUAGAGAGGACUGCGUGCACGGAAACUUGCCUCGUAAGCAUUGGCAAAACUAUUCUUAUUACCGCCGGGUGGAUUCAUUGAUCAUUACGCUUUUCCCUCUAUCAGGACUUACAACUACAAGCAUUACAUGA